AUGAAUAACGAUGACUUCUCCGACUGCUCUGAGCUUACAGACCUACCAAGCUCAUCUCAGGCUCCUUCAUCGCCGCCCUCGUCGCCUUUGAGCGAACCCAGAGACAUUUCUCCACCUCCAGACUUUCGCGACAUCACCCCACCACUUUCCCAAGAUGCAGGUGAAGACAUGCCGCCUGCUCGUAAGCGCAGGAAACUAGAGGCACGUAUGCGUACGACUCAGUAUCUAGAUCUCACGUCAGAAACAGCGCAAGCACUUCACGACCGCGAGCAGUCACUAGAUCUGUUACUGAAAGCUCUCAGAAAGAGGAGGAAGAUCGUAGUGAUCGCUGGAGCUGGUAUCUCGGUAUCUGCAGGCAUUCCUGACUUUCGCUCCUCCCACGGCCUGUUUCGAAGCCUAAGGGCCGAGCACAAGCUCAAAAGUUCUGGCAAAGAAUUGUUCGACGCUUCCGUCUACAAGGACGACUCCUCGACUUCUUCCUUUCACGAGAUGGUUCGCAAAUUGUCUCAGCUAUCUCAGGAUGCGAAACCUACCCUGUUCCACCGAUUGCUCGCCAGACUAUCGACUGAAGGCAGAUUGUUACGGCUGUACACACAAAAUGUUGAUGGUCUUGAAAGCAAGCUUCCACCCUUAACAACAGCAGUCCCGCUUGCUCAUAAGGCGCCUUGGCCGAAAACUAUCCAGUUGCACGGCGGCCUCGAGAAGAUGAUGUGUCAGAAAUGCCGCCAAAUCUCCAACUUCGAAGAAGAGCUUUUCCAAGGUUCAAUUCCACCCCAAUGUCCUGAAUGCUUGACCCGAGACAACAUUCGUACUGAACAUGCUGGCAAGCGAAGUCACGGAGUUGGAAGGCUGCGUCCACGCAUUGUCUUGUACAACGAGCAUAAUCCAGAUGAUGAAGCAAUCGGCGCUGUUACUACGGCUGACUUCCGCACCCGGCCUGAUGCUGUAAUUGUUGUUGGUACCAGUAUGAAAAUCCCAGCUGUACGACGGAUUACAGCCGAGAUGUGCAAAAUUGUUCGAGAUCGCAAGGAGGGAACGACAAUAUGGAUCAAUCGCGAUCCUGCCCCACCCGGCAAAGAUCUGGAGGAUUGUUGGGACCUCAUUGUUCGGGGUGACGCCGAUGAAGUUGCGCAACGUGCCUGUCUAAAGGAAUGGGAUGACCUUUCGCCCGACAUUGCCGAAGCCUACACCGACUCGGACUUGGAGAAAUCAAAACUGAACGGAGGUUGCGCCAGCGUUCACGUACCAACCCCAAAGAAACUAAUUCAGUCCGAGCUCAAGGCGCCAGCUACACCUCCGAUGUCUCCCAGGCAUUAUGGUUUGGAGAAUCCUACAUUCUCUCCACAACCGAGCUUGUCGAUCAACAUUCCUCUUGUCUUCGAUGAAAGACCAUCCGGUAUCAGACCUGCUGCCAGCAAGUGGGGUCCAUCACUCAACAAGGUUCUGUCUGGCAAAGAGAACAAACCCAAGGCAAAAUCCGCAGUCAAAGCAUCCGGGAGGCGCAGUGCUGGUGGUUCGAAGUCCAAGAAGCAUAAUUCGGGCCAGCCAUCCAUGAUGAAUAUGAGCAAGGUGACUAAGUCGGCGCCGACUUCCAUUCCGAUCAAGAAAGAUCUCGCAUCAGAGCCCCUAUCGCCACGUCGGGAUUCACUGUCCAAUGCGCAACUAUCGAAGCCUUUAAAGAUGGAGUUCUCCUCUGCGGGAUCUAGUCCAUAUCCUGAGACGCCACCGGCACUGAUGAGGAGCACGCCUCCUGCACAGGCAGAAGAGGAGACCCCAUCGAGGCCGGGCUCGAGCAACAGCGAGACAGUCAGUCCAAAUGGUCGGCUUCCGCGUGGUAUGAGCGACUUAUUGCAUUAA